AUGUCAGAAGAAGCAAAGCCAAAGUCAUCAUCACCUCCACAACGCUAUGACGACUUCAACCGCAACGUACCAGAUGAAGAGCUGCUGGAGGCUGUGGGCCGGUUUUUGCCACCGUCAGCACCUUCCUCGCCAGAAGAACCUACCUCUCGCGAUCCGAAGCCUCCUCAUCUGCAAGUCCUGGAGCUCGGCUGCGGACGGGGGAUUGACGUCCGGGAGUUGCAGAGGCGGCAUGCCAGACAUUUUUACAGUUUUACGGCUUCAGAUCGAGACAUUACAAAUGCAAACGCUCCGGGAAAUCGUGAAGAUGUUGACGCGGACAACGGUAAGAAUGAAAAAAACCGGAACAAGAGCAUCACUUUCAUCAACCACGCGCUACCCGAAAAGCUUCCCUUCGGUGACAAUUCUUUCCGGCUAAUCUUCUCCCGUCUCACCCUGCACUACUUCGAUGCUACGGUGUUGCGGGAACAGAUUUUUCCCGAACUCUGUCGGGUUUUGCUGAAGAAAGAAGAAAACCCCGGAGCCCUUAUUUUCGUGGUGAAAACGCACGAAAACAUCGACGCCGAUGCCUUUCAAAAACAGCAUGGUUACCGCAAGGCGUUGACGGGUGUGGAGGAUCUCGAGCAGCUUCUGGCGGAGUGUGGGUUCGAAGUACUCAGUCCGGCGAAACCCGUUGGAGGAAAAAGUCACGACACCUCAGGUCGCCCGUUUUUGCUACAGGCACGAGUUCUUGUCGCUUGAAGUUUACAACGCAAUUACCGACAAGAAUACGAAAUGAAUCUUCAUGACAUGGCCAACAACAAUUAUCUACAGUGCGGCAUCACAAGCCUGCUGCAGAACUCCGAGCUUUUCCACACCAAGCUCAGAAUAGUACGCUCUGGUCUUCAAAAGCAGAUCGAGAUCCG